AUGGGCGUUCCUCUUGUUGGCUGUGCAAGCCACCGCUUGAACUUGGCGUUAAAGGCGUUUUUGGCCCCCUACGAGGCCGACCUCUGCGAUGUCCAACGUCUGAUGAAGAAACUCAAGACACUCAGUGAAGGCUGGUGUCGCCGCUUCGACCUACUUUCCCGCGCCUCAGAACAAGUUGUAGUAUACAACGUGUGA